AUGUCCAAUACAAAAACCACAUGUCGAGAUGGAACUGACAGUACGGAACAAUCGAAAAUCGAGCAGCAAUCCGAUUUGCUAGCAACCAACAACAAUACGCGCACAUUGUUUGAGAACGGCCAGCAAUACUUCACUAAUCGCCAACAAGCUGAAAGUGUAACUACAGAUUUAAAACUAACUGAUUUUUUGCGAUGUUAUGUUCAACUUGAACGUUGUGAGGUCAAAGACUAUAGUAUCAGCGCUAGUGAGACUCCAGGUGGAACUUUUCAAGAAGAUAUGUCAUCUACACAACAAGAUGAAAAGGAAACAACGGCAAUGGAAUCGCAACAGAAAGAUCAACAUGAUGAAUCCAUUGAAUUCAAAACAAAACCAGGCGAAGAAUAA